AUGGGCAAAGCCAAGAAGCUCCGGACGAUCAGUCACAAGAAACGGGUGCCGCCCACGGGCGGUCCGUCGAUUGAAGAGCUGAAUGCGCUGGAGACGAUGGACGUCAAUGCCGUCGCCGCCGAUGAAGCGCAGCUGUUCAAAGGGCUCGUGGACGUCCAGGGCGCGGUGCGCGAAGCCACUUGCGUUGCGCUCGCGACACUGUUUGGCGACAUGGGGAGCGACGAGACGGAGGCCAAGAGCCGGUGCAAACUGCAGCGGAUGGUGGACGCCGGUCUGCUGACGAAACUCAUCCCGCGGGUCGUAGAUCCGCUGCCAAUGGUCCGCCAGCACGCGCUCGGCGCGCUGCGCAACAUGAGUGUGACGGGCGGCUUGGAGCUCUGCGAGGACAUGACGAGGCAGAACGUGGUCACGCCGCUGGUCAAAGUCAUUACGGAGAACGCAACGGAGACGGCGCUUUGCAGCAAUGGCGAUUUGCGCGCUGUGCAGGUGCUGGAACAAGCAGUGGCGUUACUUGGCAACUUGUGUGAGAGCUGCCAGGCGGCGAUCAACGAGCUGACACAAGGUGAGCUGCUGCCACCGAUCUUCCGGAUUGCUGCAAUGGCGCGCGCACACCCGAUGCUGCAUCUAGAGACGCUGAAGCUGCUGUUGCUCAUUACGGAGAGCAACGUACCGCUGAAUGAGGUGAUCCGAGGCAAUGCAACGUACCAGCAGACGAUCUGCGACCUCAUGCAGGCGCCCGCUGAUCAGUUGUCGCUGCAAUGUCGUCUCGAAGCUGUGGGUAUUGCCGUCAACUUGCAGUCGACGAUGCAGGUGGAAGACAAUGCAGCUCGAGUUGUGCCGGUGCUAGAAGCGGCGCUCGCAUACGAUGCAGUGAACGUCGUGCAGAUGGCACAGCAGGUGUCAGAGAACUAUGAGCUAUCGCAGAAAUCCGUGCUGGACGAUGGGAAUGUAGAUGACGAUACGUUGACGUCGGAGGAGAAGCAGACGAUUACGACUGCCCAGCUGAAGGUUCGCGCGUGGCGCGACAGUGUGCAUACGCUUACAUUGGCACUAGAACUGGUGGCUCAAGUGGCUACGUCUGGAGACGACGUCGACGACGAAGAGGAGUGGGCCAGCGAUGACGAAGAUGCCAUGGAGGAGUAUGCGGCAUCUCACAUGGACACGGACGCCACGGCCGGUGCAACAAGCACUCCCUUGUCCAAGUUGCUCGAAACGAGUCGCGUGCUUCCGCUUUGCAUGAACAUCUUGCAGGGACUUGUGUCGAUCCCGCAGCUUUCUGCAAGGGCAAUCGGCAAGGAUUUCGAGACAAUGCGUAUUCGUGUGUGUAACGCUGUGAACAACCUGCUGCUGAGCGUGUCGUGGGAGGUGCUCAGUGACGAGAUGGUGGCCCAGAUCUUCAGUAACCUGUGUGCUUUGUACGGAAACCUCAAGCGCGAAGUUGAGGCCGUUUGCACUGCGUCCACCUCCUUCUCGCUCGAGAGCAGCGCGACAAACGACCUUGAGGUUGCAGUGACUACAGCAAUGCUGUCGAUGCUGCGUCGUAGCGGACCUGAAAACCGUCAGCUAGCUGUCACUGCAGAAGAUGCUGAGCUGAUCUUGACGUGCGCUGCUCAGGGACGCUCAGCCGAGUCUCGAGUCAACGCAAUUGGUAUGGUCGGCUGUGUGGGUAAGCGCUGCUCUAGUGCGGCUGAGAAGGAGGCUGUUGGACGCGCUCUGGUAGCGCGACUCGAUGACUCGAGUCUCGAGGUCGUGGCCGAGACCUUGAACGCCAUCUUUGACGUGUACGACGACAAGGACUUUGACGACACGUUCCGAGCGCUUGGAUUCCUCAGUGCACUGGAGCGCACGUCUAGUGCCAUGAAGACGAAGCUGAAAGCAGAGCAAAAGCAGUUAGAUCGCGCUCUUGUCGCGCACGUCAAAGAGACCCGUCUCAACCUCUUACGCUUCAUCAAGUACAAGAAGAAGCACUUGUAA